AUGGCCUCAGACGGACCGCAUCCCCGCGUCGGCGUGGCCGCCAUGAUCCGCAACGCCCAGGGCGAGUUCGUCAUGAGUAAACGCCUAGGCGGUCACGGAGCCGGCGACUGGCAGUUUCCCGGCGGCCAUCUGGAGUUCGGCGAGUCCAUCUUCGCCUGCGCCGAGCGCGAGACCUUGGAGGAGACCGGCCUCAAGGUCAAGGCCACCAAGCUGGUCGGCGUCACGAACACGGUGUUCCCCGAGCCCGGCAAGCACUACAUUACCCUGUUUGUGGCUUGCGAGAGGGAGGACGACAAGGCAGAGCCCGAGCUCCUGGAGCCUCUGAAGUGCCAAGGCUGGCACUGGAUCACCUGGGACAAGGUCUGCGGCUGGUGUGACCAUCACAACGAGACCGCGGGCGAAUGGGCAACGAACAAGUGCUUCAUGCCCAUAAGAAACCUGGUGCGCGAGAAUCGUGUUUUGCAGAUCUAG